UUACAGGAGAAAUGUCAAACCAGUCGUUCCGAUUCCAUCGGUUUCUUGUCCGAAACAAAACCCAGUAACCAUCAAAUGAAAAAAAAAACCAGUUUUUAUGCUUUUUCUGGUUGUUCGUUUAAAUUCGAAGGAGCUUCGGAAGUUCGAUUAUGGCUUCUGAUUUGAUUAUUGAAGCUGGUGACAGAACUGAAGGAGAAGAAGAAGAAGAAGAAGAAGAGGAAGCUAGAUACCCUGAGAUUGCGGAGAUCAAGGUUUCAGAUAGAUCUGAGGUCAGCGCAUGGUCAAGUUCCUUCCACGCAAGGUCCCACUCUACAACUCCAAGAAGCAGGCAAAGCUCUCCGAGAAGUCCCGUGGGAUUCCGAGAGUCUGCCUUCGGGCCUAGCUAUGGAUCGUCUCCUAGUAGAUUCUCUAAUGCUCAGAGAUCUAAUUAUUCAUAUCGGUCUCCUUUCCAGUUGUUGGGUUUCAGCUUCAAUAGUCGAUGGUGGAAGUCAAAGUUUAUUGGGUUUUGGUCGGAACAGAAGCAACAACCGCAGGUUCAGCUGCAACAAAGGGUGAAAAGAAAGGCUGGAAGAGUAUGGUAUAGGAAGCGAACGACUGGCUUUCUGGUUAUUAUUGGUCUAUUAUGCUUCUUUUUCUUGAUGAAUUGGUGGAUGCUUUCGCGUCUCCAGGACAACGGUCUCACUCCCAGCGACGGGUUCGUCAAUGGGAAUUCAUCGUCUAUUCGUGGAGGAUGGAGCAAGCUUGCCAAAAAAAGGCGGCCACAGAAACUUCUAUAUGCUAGGAUGUUGGCUUUGGCUGCCCACGCACUAGCAGAGGGGGAGGAAAAAUCUGAGCCAAAAGAUUUGUGGGAGGAACCGUUGAUUCCUGCUUCUGCUUGGACGCCCUGUGCAGAUCAACGCAAUUGGGAACCUUGUGACGGAAAAAAUGGAUACAUCCUUGUCAGUGCAAAUGGUGGCAUAAACCAGCAGCGAGUAGCUGUCUGUAAUGUUGUUGCGAUUGCUCGAUUACUGAAUGCAACUCUUGUCGUUCCAAAAUUUUUGUAUAGUACUGUUUGGAGAGAUGUGAGUCAGUUCAGCGAUAUCUAUCAGGAGGAGCAUUUUAUCAAUUACUUAAAGCCUGAUAUCCAAAUAGUGAAGGAACUCCCAGUGGAACUGCAGUCCUUAGAUUUGGAGGCAAUUGGUAGUGUUGUGACUGAUGUGGACAUCGUGAAAGAAGCAAAGCCAAGUUUUUUUCUGAAACACAUUCUUCCAAUCCUACUUCAAAAUAGAGUUGUCCACUUUGUUGGGUUUGGCAACCGAUUGGCUUUUGACCCUGUACCAUUUCAAUUGCAGAGACUCCGGUGCAGAUGUAACUUUCAUGCUCUGGAAUUUGUUCCCAAAAUACAAGAAGCUGGUGCCUUGAUUAUUCAGAGGUUGCGUCAGCAUAAAUCUCAUCGAGGACCACUGGAUCAUAAUCUGGUUGGUCUGCUUGCAGAACCAAAUACUCUGGGAAGAACGGACCCUCCUUCAAAGUCGUCCAGAUAUUUAGCUUUACAUCUAAGGUUUGAAAUUGACAUGGUAGCUCAUUCAUUAUGUGAUUUUGGUGGUGGUAAAGAAGAAAGAGAAGAGUUGGAAGCAUAUCGUGCAAUCCACUUUCCUGCAUUGACACUUCUCAAGAAGACCACAAAGCUACCUUCUGCUGCGGAGCUGCGGACUGAGGGAAAAUGUCCUCUAACACCAGAAGAAGCAGCACUAAUGCUAGCUGCCCUGGGUGUGAACCGUAAGAGACACGUAUUCUUGGCAGGAGCACAAAUUUAUGGGGGAAAGUCAAGAUUGAGAGCAUUGACCAACUUGUAUCCUAAUUUGGUUACUAAAGAGAACCUCCUUUCACAGUCUGAGAUUGAACCAUUUACGAACUUUUCUUCUCAGCUAGCGGCAUUGGACUUCAUAGGCUGUGCUGCUGCUGAUGCAUUCGCCAUGACAGACUCUGGGAGUCAAUUGUCGUCAUUAGUAUCAGGUUACCGGAUGUACUAUGGUGGAGGAGGAAUGCCAACAAUACGUCCAAACAAGCGUAGGCUUUCAAGCAUCUUCUUGAAGAACUCCACAAUUGAAUGGAAGGAGUUUGAAGUUAGAGUUCGGAAAGCAGUUAAGGAGAGUAAGCAGGUUCAUGACAGACCUGUUGCAAGGAGUAUUUACAGGCAUCCCCGGUGUCGGGAGUGUAUGUGCACCACAGACAUAGAGUAGUAAAUGUGCAUUGGCUAGGAAUUAAAUGUUGAUUAAUAUAUGCAAAAUCCAUUGUUUAUUGAUUAUGGUUUUGGGUAAUUAACAUUUGUAACAUUAGUUGUAUAAUUUUUUUCCUGGGUUCCAGUGAAUUAGAGGGCUCAAU